AUCCCUCCCAUGCAAGUUGUCGCCGGUUCUGCAGCAUCGAUCAGCUUGCGGAAUAACCUGCAUAGGCUCAUCCCGAUUGUCUAUACGUCACCUCAGCCGGCCACAACCCCACCACUGUCCGUCCCACCACCUGCCCCACUAAAAUGCGGCCUCCCCACCUCUCCGCGCUCCGGCGCUUCACCACCUCCGCCGUCUCCCACCACGAAAACCCGCUCGGCCUCCCGCACUCCUCGUCGGGCCCCAAAUUCUUCCCGCGGGCGCAACACGCACCGCCCAAGCCCCGGCGCCUCCCGGGGAUCUCCAAGAUCAUCGCCGUGUCCAGCGCCAAGGGCGGCGUAGGAAAAUCCACGCUCGCCGUCAACCUCAGUCUGUCGCUCGCGCGGCAGGGGCGCCGGACCGGGCUGCUCGACACGGACAUCUUCGGGCCGUCGGUCCCGCGACUGCUGAACCUGUCGGAAGCGGGCGAGCCCCGGUUGACCAACAAGGGAAGACUUGUCCCCAUGGAGAACUAUGGCGUCAAGAGCAUGAGCAUCGGAUAUCUGGUCGGCGAGGAGAAGGCGGUCGUCUGGCGCGGCUUGAUGGUCAUGAAGGCGCUGCAGCAGCUGCUUCAUGAGGUCGAGUGGGGCGAGCUGGAUGUGCUCGUCCUCGAUCUGCCGCCGGGCACCGGUGAUGUUCAACUGAGCGUUGUGCAGCAGGUUGUUGUCGAUGGCGCGGUGAUCGUGUCCACCCCGCAGGACAUUGCGUUGAUCGAUGCCGUAAAGGGCGUGAAUAUGUUCAAGAAAGUCGAUGUUCCAAUCCUAGGAAUGGUCCAAAACAUGAGCGUAUUCACCUGUCCUAAUUGCAGCCACACCACACACAUAUUCGGUAGCGAGGGAGUUGCACGGGAAUGCCAAAAGCACGAGCUAGAACUACUGGGUGAUAUCCCGUUGGAUGCGAGCAUCUGUGAAGAUGCAGAUCGGGGAAAGCCUACGGUUGUGGCCAGAGAUGGACCACUGACGGAUGCAUACAAUAGUAUUGCAUGGAAGGUUAUAGGAAAACUGUGGGGAUAGGGAAUCAGGAUCGAUUGCUACGGAUGACUAUCUACUCCUCAGGCUUUUUGCCCAGACGUUUGUAUUUCCGUGGGUCAUUGCGACUCAUCAACCUGUUGAUAUGUCAAUCAGCCACUGCGCGAUAGACACUAUGAUUCCUCCGGGAA